AUGGCUGAGACACAGUUCCAAAUACUCUCUGACCUUCAUCUGGAGUCUCCGGCUGCAUAUGAUAUUUUCCACGUCGACCCAAAGGCGCCCUACUUAGCAUUAAUCGGCGAUAUCGGUUACGUCAAGGACGAUGGUUUCUUUGACUUCCUUCGUAGGCAACUAGAAGUUUUCCGCAUCGUCUUCCUCGUUAUCGGCAAUCACGAGCCAUACUACAGCGGCUGGGCUGAAACAAAGUCACGCAUUAAACGCUUCGAAGCUGGGCUCAGCGAGUCUUAUGAUCGAAGCGAGCCGCUCGGCCAACUUGUUUUCCUCGAUCAAACACGCUAUGACCUUUCACCGACUCUUAGCAUCCUCGGCUGUACUUUGUUCUCGCAAGUGGCCCAAACGCAGAUGGAAAGCGUCAGUUUUGGUCUGAACGAUUUUUAUCACAUUCGGGAUUGGUCGGUUGAAGCACAUCAAGAAGCGCACCGUGCGGACCUUGAGUGGCUAAAUGAGGAAAUCGAUUCCAUUUCGCGCUUGGAACCUGAUCGCAAAGUGGUUGUCUUCACCCACUACUGUCCAUUGGUCCACGACAAUAUUGUUGACCCAAAACAUGGACACACUAAGAUCUCUUCCGGCUUCAUGACCAAUUUGUCAAGUGAACGCUGCUGGAAACGAGAGGUGGUCAAGCUUUGGGCUUUUGGUCACACACAUUUCAAUUGUGAUUUCCGAGACGUGGAGACAGAAACGAGAGUGGUUUCUAACCAAAGGGGAUACUAUUUUUCUCAGGCUCAAGGCUUUGACAUUGCCAAAGUCGUUGAAAUUUAG